CCACGCACACACAACGCAUCACGCGUACAACACAUACACACGAAGCCAAGCCUCAGACGUUCUAGCUAGCUAGCUCGCUCGCCCGCUCGUCGAUCGAUCGCGACCACGCAGCUAACGGCCAUGGGGUUCGCGGUGCAGAGGACCAGCCGGUCGUACGUGAGCCCGAGCGCGGUGACGCCGUGCGGCACGCUGGAGCUGUCGGUCGUCGACCGUGUGGUGGGGCUGCGCCACCUGGUGCGCUCGCUGCACGUGUUCGCGUCCACAGCGGGGCGCAGCGGCGAGGAGAGGCAGCAGAUGUCCCCGGCGCACGUUAUCCGCGAGGCGCUCGGGAAGGCGCUGGUGGACUACUACCCGCUGGCCGGGCGGUUCGUGGACGGGCCGGAGGGGCCGGCCAGCGCCUACGUGGAGUGCACCGGCGAGGGCGCCUGGUUCGUGGAGGCCGUCGCCGGGUGCAGCCUGGAGGACCUCGGGCACCUGGACCAGUACCCGUUCGCCAUCCCUGAGGGCGACCUGCUCCCGGACGCCGCGCCCGGCGUCGAGCCGCUCGACCUCCCGCUCAUGAUGCAGGUGACGGAGUUCACUUGCGGUAGCUUUGUGGUGGGCGUGAUCUCCUGCCACGCCAUCGCCGACGGCCUAGGCGCCGGCCAGUUCAUUAAUGCAGUUGGUGACUACGCCCGUGGCCUCCCUAAGCCGCGCGUGAGCCCAAUCUGGGCCCGCGACCUCGUCCCAAGCCCGCCGAAGCUGUCCUCCGCGCCGCCUCCCUUCCCACGGAUGUUCCAGUUCCGGCACUUCACGGUGGACCUCAGCUUCGACAGCAUCAACAAGGCCAAGUCCCAGUUCUUCGAGUCCACGGGGCAGCGCUGCUCCAGCUUCGACGUCGCCAUCGCCAAGACAUGGCAGGCGCGCACGCGGGCGCUUCGGCUGGCGGACUCGUCGGCGCGCGUCACGCUCUGCUUCUUCGCCAACACGCGCCACCUCCUGCCAAAGGACAGCGCCGGCGCCGCGGGGUUCUACGGCAACUGCUUCUACCCGGUGACGGUGAGUGCGGAGAGCGGCGCGGUGGAGAGCGCGGACACCGCCGGCGUGGUCGCCAUGAUCCGAGAGGCCAAGGCGCGGCUGCCCGCCGAGUUCGCGCGGUGGGCGGCGGGAGAGCUCGUCGAGGAGGACCCCUACGAGCUAAGCUUCACGUACGAGUCGUUGUUCGUGUCCGACUGGACGCGGCUGGGGUUCGUGGAGGCGGACUACGGGUGGGGCACCCCGUCGCAGGUGAUACCCUUCGCCUACCACCCGUGCAUGCCCAUCGCCGUCAUCGGUGCUCCGCCGACGCCGAGGACGGGGGCCCGGAUCAUGACGCGGUGCGUCGAGGAGGAGCACCUGCCGGCGUUCACGGAGGAGAUGAAGGUGUUCGAGAAGUGAAUCUGCUCUACUCAACGGGUCCAGUUGCCCGUGCUGCAUGUACUGCUCGUUGACCUGUCGUGCGCUUCGUUGCGUCAAAAGUUGCUUGUUGUGUACUGAUUUGUGAAAGUACUACGUUUUAACGGGUUUUGAGCUACGGGUAGUUGGGUACCAGGGUUUGGAAUUUGGGCUGUAUUAGGUUUGGCUCGGAUGUGUAAUAAAAUACGGGCCCACCCGUGGAACUAUAAAAUAUGGUUUAAUUUGUACCAGGAUUCUCGUCCUCCUUCAGUUUAAUUUGCCUCUUC